AUGGUCCACAACAAAGUCACUAUUAUUGGCUCCGGGCCUGCUGCACACACCGCGGCCAUCUACUUGGCCCGUGCUGAGAUAAAACCCACUUUGUACGAGGGGAUGCUUGCGAACGGUAUUGCUGCCGGUGGGCAGUUGACCACCACGACGGAGAUUGAGAAUUUCCCCGGGUUCCCGGAUGCGUUGACCGGCUCGGAACUGAUGGACAGGAUGAGACAGCAGUCCGUGAAGUUUGGGACGUCCAUCAUCACGGAGACGAUCUCGAAGGUCGACCUGUCGUCGAAGCCUUUCAAGCUGUGGCCCGAGUUCUGCGAGGACGAGGAACCAAUCACCACAGACGCUAUCAUCUUGGCCACGGGGGCCUCCGCGAAGAGAUUGGGGCUCCCCGGUGAGGAGAAGUACUGGCAGACGGGGAUUUCCGCGUGUGCUGUCUGUGACGGUGCCGUGCCCAUCUUCAGAAACAAGCCGCUUGCAGUCAUCGGUGGCGGUGACUCCGCCUGUGAGGAGGCCCAGUUCUUGACCAAGUACGGUUCGAAAGUGUACAUGAUCGUGAGAAAGGACUACCUAAGAGCGUCCAACAUUAUGAAGAGACGUGCCGAGAAGAACGAAAAGAUUGAGAUCUUGUACAACAGCGUAACGUUGGAGGCGAAAGGUGACGGGAAGUUCCUAAACGCGUUGACGAUCAAGAACGUCAAGACCAACGAGGAGUCAGACCUCCCAGUGAACGGUCUAUUCUACGCCAUUGGCCACACCCCAGCUACGGAAAUCGUAAAGGGUCAAGUGGACACUGACGAGGCUGGCUACAUCAAGACAGUCCCCGGUUCCGCCAUGACCUCUGUCCCUGGGCUGUUCGCUGCAGGUGAUGUCCAAGACUCCAGGUACAGACAAGCCAUCACAUCCGCAGGUUCCGGUUGUAUGGCUGCAUUGGACGCUGAGAAGUACUUGACUGAACUGGAAGACUGA